UGCAACGACCUCCUGGCUACCUGCACCACACACACUCCACCUCACUAUUACAUGGGAGUCAGCCGCGUCGUCAGCACCGCCGUCCGUGAGGAGCCCGCCUCGGCCGUCGUCGAGCAGCUCCACGUCGCCCCCGCGCCGCUGAUCAUCCUGGACUGGGACGACACGCUGCUGCCCAACACGCACCUGGCCAAGCUGGGCUUCACGUCGGAGGACGAGGCCUUCGAGCUGCCCGCCGAGUGCGCGCCCGUGCUGGAGGAGCUGGCCUCGGAGGUGGAGAACUUCCUGAACGCGUGCCUCAAGCUCGGCGCGUGCUGCAUCGUGACCAACGGCCUGGCCGGCUGGGUGGAACGCUCGUGCCAGCGCUUCCUACCCAAUGUGCUGCCGCUGCUGGAGCAGAUGACCAUCGUGAGCGCGCGCUCCAACUUCGAGAGCGUGUACCCGGACCGCCCCAUCGAGUGGAAGAUCGCCGUGUACCGCGACCUGCUCGCCAAGCGCGGCUUCCUGCAGGAGCCCCCCGUGGAGACCCACGGCGUGUACGUGCAGCAGCAGGAGCGCGCGCCGCAGCAGGUCAUCGCGCUCGGCGACUCGCAGAUCGACCGCUGCGCCAUCCAGUACGUGGCGCGGCGCACGCCCAACACGCAGCUCAAGUCCAUCAAGCUGCUGGACAACCCGAGCAUGACGCAGCUGCAGAAGCAGCUCCACCUGCUCGGCGUCUUCCUCGUGCAGCUCAGCGGCCACGACGAGACGCUCGACCUGGAGCUGUCCAACGAGAUGCUGCAGUGA